CAGCUCGGCGCUGCUGCAAUUUGUAGGCAGGAUCCCAGCCUCGCCCUCUAUGGACUGCUGGGUGGCUGCGGGCUCCCACGCCUCCCACUCCGCCGAGUGACCCGCAGCAUUCAGCCCCGCUGCGCCCCGCCGAGGAGCCUCCGCCAAGCCGGGCUCCCGAGGAGCCGCCACGCAGGAUGGUCCGCACACUGUAUGCCAUUGGUGCUGUGUUUCUUCUGAUGGGAUUUCUGCUACCGACAGCAGAAGGCAGAAAGAGGAAUCGUGGAUCUCAAGGUGCUAUCCCUCCUCCUGACAAGGAUCAGCCCAAUGAUUCAGAGCAGAUGCAGACACAGCAGCAGUCGGGCUCCAGGCAUCGAGAAAGAGGAAAAGGCACUUCAAUGCCUGCUGAGGAGGUGCUGGAGUCCAGCCAGGAGGCACUGCACAUCACUGAGCGCAAAUACCUGAAACGGGAUUGGUGCAAAACUCAGCCCCUCAAACAAACUAUCCAUGAAGAGGGCUGCAACAGUCGCACCAUUAUCAACAGGUUCUGCUAUGGCCAAUGCAAUUCAUUCUACAUCCCCAGGCAUGUCCGCAAAGAGGAAGGCUCUUUCCAGUCUUGUUCAUUCUGCAAGCCCAAGAAGUUUACCACCAUGACUGUUACCCUCAACUGCCCCGAGCUUCAGCCCCCUAGGAAGAAGAAAAGAAUCACCCGCGUGAAGGAGUGUCGGUGUAUAUCUAUUGACUUGGACUAAGCCUAGAAGUGCGUUGUACUGAUUGCACUCUGACUGUCCGCAAUCAUUGCCAAUGUGAGUGAGUGGCAUGAACUAGCAAAGCUUUGAGGCUGGGCGAAACUGAAAGGAACCCAGUGAAUUACCUGAAAAACAACAGCUAGCCAAACAAAAAGAACACAAUGGAUGUAAGGGAAGAACAGGCACAUGUGUGUAAGAGAGAAAAAGGGUGUAUACAAGCAAAUAUAUGAAUGGUCACUCUGAAAAAAAAGAAAAAAAAAAAAGAAAAGGGUAGGAAAUAUUAAAAAUCUACUUACCCACAGUGAUGAAUUAGGUUUCCUAGCGUAUAUUCACAUUUUUGUCACUUACAGGAAAAGUGGAGCUGUGGCUUUUGCUAAUGUUCACUUGCCAUGCUAUUUGCUUUUACUGUAUUAUGAGAAACAUCAAUGUGAGAGGACAAUAUAUCUGAAAGCAUGAAUCUAUUAAAUAUGAAGUAGGAAAAACGCAGUUAUGCCAUAGCAAAAGCAUCACUGAUAAUAGCAGCUUUAUCAAGAGUUUGUAACAUCCUUCUUCAGAAAUAUAACUGUAAUACAAAGGCUGCUUUUGGAGAACAAUGGGGAAGUGGGAGUGCUGAAAAGUCAGCAUAGGUGGAUGGAAAACAGAACCACAGCAAGUUAGAAUGCAAAAGGCUAAAGUAAGUAGACAGGGGGAGCACGAAAGGGUAUGGGAAAAGGAAAGAUACUUAAAUAGGAAGACACAGAGGAAGAGAUAUUGUCUUCUGUUUACGUUUUGCUUUAAUUUAUAUACCUAGUCAUAUAUUACGUAAAUUAAAGAGAAACUAUAUACGAGGCUAUAAAUAUACUUUUGAAUUCUAAUGUCUCUCUACAUCAAUCAAACCCAUUUCUGUGCCACUAGAUCCAUCUGUUGUCUUGUAUUUCUGAUAGCAGUUAUUCCUCAUAUUACAUAUAUAUGUAUAUGCAGUAUCUUUUAUUCAUUGGUAUCUAUACGUACAUACAAUGAGUCUACAGACUCCAUUGUGCCUAUCUGAACUCUUUCCUGUUUUUCACACACAUACAUAGAAACGUACAUACCGCAGCACAAAAAUCUUGCUAAGCAAGAUCAAGUACAGAAUGGCAGUAAUUUAGUACAUAAAGAGCAAAGAAAAAAUUAAAACAAGCAUCAUGUGACUGCAAAUGCAAUAACCACACAAGAGACAAAAGACACGACAUUCAUGACUAGUAAACAUUGCAUUGUUAUUGUUAUUUUAGCUUUGCCACAGGCAUGCAGUUUGUUGAAAAAGAGAUGCAGAACUUUGCCAGCAAUAAUCCUCUUUUUAUAUCUUUUACCACAGACUUGCAUUUAAGCAGGAUUUGGACUAAGUAAAGAGAAUUUCCUGAAAAUUAAGGGCUAACGCAUUUCCCUUCUCACUGAGGGGGAAAAAACGCAUGAAAGGGGACACUACUCCAGCAGCUCAAUGAGUGUCACCUGGGAGAUCAGCCUGUCUUCCCUCCUUCAGGAUUAGGAGCACAAGCUGGAUGCGGGGGGUAGCUUUUGGCAAGAGUGCGGAGAGUCUCAUAGGAGAAGUCAUUCCAGCAAGGUGGUCCCAAAGCCCUGGGGCUGGCUGGAGAGCUACAGCCUGUCCAGCUGCACCUCGAAGUGGUUGCUGAGACAGGCAUAGGGCACUGGCUUGGCAGGACACCUGUUCAGGCGCUGAAGUCCCUGUGGUGCUGCAGAUCCUGCAGACCUCCCUACCUCCACCGACAUGCCAACAAAAAGACCCCAUUUUGCACCUUCAAAAAGGCUUGGUUCUAGGCUCAAGUUAACAGUGUGGUGGGGCUUCAGUAGCCCAGGACACACUUUCCCCAUCAGCAGCAAGACUUCUCUCCCCACAGUCAGCGUAGCUGUACUUUCUCACACUAAAAGCCUCUCUCUCAGCCACAGGGUGAUUAUUUUGACAGGAUUUCUGUCCAUCAAGCUCUGAGAGAGACAAUUCUGCUCUUAAGUAACAUGUCCACAGGGUAAACCAUAGGGUGGCAUGCCACAGAUGCAUAGGAUGUGCAGUCGUUACAUUAAAAGCCACAGAUGUAACUCAAUGUCUCAUGCAAUUACUGGCAAUAUCCUGCAUCUCCGCAAUUCAUAUAUUUUUCCUCUGAAAUCCACUGCUAUGAGAUCUAUGUUUAUCAGAUUAAGAGAUCGCAGCUCAUUGGUUCAUAUUCUUAAAAUGCAUUUCACUUGGUGCACUCUCACUCCGCAGGUAUGACACAUUUCUUCGUGGAUUUUAAAAUCCAAUUUUAAAAUCUGGCAUUACAGGAGGUAGAUUUCCACUGUGUGGAAUGUGAAUAGUUAGAAAGAUAUGGAUAUUUAAUGUUAUUAUUAAUACAAAUCCUCUUUCACUGAUAAUAGGCAGGGGUUGUUCUCCUUUAAAUUAAUUUUUUGAGUUGGUUUGCAGGUAACAGGGCCAACCUCAGCCUUUGCUGAAAGUUUUAUACUCUGUAGUGUUUCUGUUCAAUAAAUGGGCACACCUUAAGAAUGAAAUUAUUUCUUCAUUUGAAGUCGAUAGUAAAACACCCGUUCUCUUUAACAGCAGUGAGAUUUUAUCCUAGGCUGCUGUGUCCCUAACGUGAAGCAUGGCUUUAGACAUUACUGACUUCAGUGUUCUGAAGGGCAACUGAUAAAAAUGUUACAAAUUCUAAUGUUCCAAACAGCCUGUGCACAGCUCACAACGGAGCUCCCCUGGAGGCAGAUCCCCCUAUAACUAUGUAAAUUUUAUACAAAGAACUUUUAUGAAUUGCUAGUUAUUGCCUGAGAGUAAGAAAGUUCUGCUAACUUACAAUUAUACCAGAUAUUUAAUAUCAACCACAAUAUGUAUUUAAAUGUCUGCUUUAUUCUAAAAACAAUGGACCAUAUAACCUAAGGCUGCAGUAUUGUCAUGCUCGGUCUCACAAAGCAAAACUUGGUUUAAAAUGAAGUUUUAAUUAUUUUGUAACUGAAUGGAAUUGGAAUUUUUCUUCCCAGCAUUUUGUACGUCAUUUUAACUACUAGUAACAAAUAAAUAAAAUAUCUUCUCCA